UCUCUCAUACUACUUCAUUGCUGCGACGUUCUAUGAUAUUCAACGUCAUAGGAACUCGUUUCGCGGGAAAAGUAUUCAGGCGCCGAAUGAGUUGUAACUUGGAUAGUUCUUGUCAGAUUUUGACAUUUCCGUUAACUUGUCAUCAUGUCAGGUCGUCCUGACCGAGUCAGUAAGAAUAGUGGGAAAGAAACUAGAAGUUCCAAGACAUCCAACGCUCGAAGGAACACGGAAGGAAAGAAUUCACCGAGUAAUUCCUUGAAUAAGGUUGUCGAGAAGACGGACAGCUUACCGCUGAAUCGUGUUGACAAUUUGGAAAAGAAAGAUGCUUAUCAAGCCUUGUUGCAAAGUAAGCACAAGGAGGCUGAUGCGGUUAAGGAGAAAUCAAGGUAUAGGCGUUCGACUCGAUCGGCUGUUGGUAGCGAUCUCAAGAAGCGCAAACACUCCGAGCUGGAAGCGGAGGAAACUGACGAGGUUCAAGGUAGUUCAGAUGCGCAGUGGUGGACGUUUAGUCGUACAGAGACGAUAAGCGGGAAAGUUCAGAAGUCUAUUAGGAAAGAGACCACUGUGCUUCAAAAAGCACUGGUGCAGGCUUCGCAGGAUCCAAGGCAACGAACUUUGGCCAUAAUGACGCAGGGGGAAUGCCACUUGGAGCUUAGAUUAGAUGAGUCUAACAAAGUUAACGAGAGAGUCGGUACAGGAGGAUCAAAUAAGAGUCUGCUGGAUGUUGACUUGUCGGAUGAAUCCGAUGUACAGGAGCUUGGGCUAAAACAUCGAUCAACCGUUCCCUUACCUUGCGAAGUGCAGUGGAAAAAUAUUUUUUCCCGUAAGAAACGUAAGGAGAGUUCGAGCAAAUCGGAAACUGCAGACUCGCGGAAAGGGAGGAAGCACCAGACAAGCAACCAAAGGUUAACUGGCAACAAAAAUAGAGAAGUUCCUGAUAGCAGGUUGAAUGGCGUGGGAGAUAUCGUGGAAUGCAUCGAUCUGACAAUUGCAGGUCAUAUCGAUCAGGAAGUUUGCGAACCUGAACCUUUAAUAUUUGCACCAAGGCCUAGUGACGAGGAACUAGAGAAAAUGUUUUGUGAAAUAGAAAGUCGCUACUCCGGUGCAAGGCAAAUUUGGAAGAUGGUUCAGUCAAAGAUGUUAAAUAAUAAUGUUAAGGGACCUGGCAAUGUGACAAAUCAGUAUUGUAUAUGGACUGAUAAAUACAAACCAAAGAAUGCGGCAGAAGUCAUUGGGAAUGAGAAAGCCGCUGUUCAGCUUAGGAACUGGUUAAGCAAUUGGCAGAAAAAGAAAGUGAACUCUGGUGAAUGUUACAGCAGCGGAGAUGAGUUUUGUUCCACUGAUUCAAAUGCUUCGAGUGUUACUUCUACUACAGGAGGAGUAGCAGUUUUAAUAGGACCACAUGGCUGCGGGAAAAGUGCUAUAGUGUAUGCAGUGUCCGAAGAACUUGGUUACAAUGUGUUGGAGGUGAACGCAUCGUCAAAACGGACUGGGAAAGGCAUAUUGAAGAGCUUGCAAGAAGCUACCAUGUCUCACAGGAUUAAUAACGAUCUCGGAGCUUACCUGUCAUUCCCUGUUAAGUCGGAGAAGUCUACGAAUGAUUCUCUGAUUCUGAUGGAAGAUGUGGACAUAGUGUUCCAGGAGGACGAGGGAUUUAUAUCAGCGUCUAACAUGCUGGCAAGUAAUUCGAAGCGACCGAUAAUUAUGACCAGCAGACAUGCGUGUAGCUACAUGAAGAAAAUGGCACCGCAACAGAUUUACAUAUCGUGCAAACCAGCAAACAGUGCUGGAGCAGCAGCUCUGUUGGAUGUGAUUUCACUUGAGGAGGUUGGUCGCAUACUUCCAAGGUCUUGCAUCAAUAGUCUUCUGCACAAAGGGGACCUACGACAAGCUCUGCUGCAAUUGCAGUGCAUGUUAGUUUUAGACAAGUUACCGUCGGUUCAAAGAACUGAAUUAGGCAGCGAUCAAGUUGAGAAGAGGUCUUCGAUGAACGAGGAGAAUUUUCAGCCUGCUAGGGAGCGCAGAGCACAUAGAAGUAAAAACAAGUGUAGAAAAUCAGAAUCAUCCGAGUGUGACGAUCUAGCAAGGAUAGCAGAUGACUUAGUGAACUUAAGUACAGCUCAACAGCUUGUUGACAGGAAGGAGGCACCUGAGACGACGUGGGAAUUGGAACCCGGUGCCAGCCUAUCCCUUGCUGAGGAUUUUAGUUGUUUCUCCAUCCACGAAGCCGUUGGUAGUGAAAUGUCAGACACUCUGAUGGAAAGUGUCCUCAGAUUGAACGACGAUAAUUCUCACAUUCGAGAGUCUCUAAAAUUGUCCAAAACUCAGCGAACGAACAGUAGUGUCUCCGCUCUGUCAGAAUUGAUACCGUGCCCUCUGGAUUGUCGACAGCAGUUGGAUUACCUCUCUGGCAUUCGAACUAUCUGUAGAAUUGAGAAUGUCAAAGCAAAGGUUAAGCGUGGCAAUAGAUUCUUCCAUUAUCUUCAGGAUAUAAUGAUGAUAGAUGCACCGAUGAAGCCUGCAUUGACUGCUACUAUUUGCAAGGCUCUUCGUGUUGAACCCUCAGGGUGAUGGAUUUUAGAAAUUAAUACUAUGUUAUCGUCUCAACGUCGUUAUUUGAUCUCACGUAUGUAUAGACAUGUAUCAUUUGUAUUUCUAUUUUUUAAAUAUUUUCUACCCCUCGAAGGAUCGUGAUAAAUCGGUAGUAAUACAAUCACUUUAUUAAAAGACUUGAAAAGUAUUAUUCGACUUCUCGAAUUGAAUUUUUAAAAUAUUAACUGUGCUUUACGUGAGUUUAAAGUUCAACGAUUGGCAUGGAUAUAAAUUUCGGAAUUUUAACGACGUUGAAACUGGGAUAAGAAUUGUAAAAUGGCUGUAAAAUAGUGUAUAGAAGAGAAGUCUACAGAGUCUCUUGGUCUUUUUUUUUUAUUAUUAAAAUCGUGAUACAUC